UGAGUGUGAGGAAAGAGCCCACGAGAUGAGAGGGAAGGAAAAUAAAAAUUUAGUAAAGGAUUUAUAAUUUUUUUUCCAAAAAAGAAAAAAUUUCUCUUUCCCAGGCUUUCGGUCUACAUUUUUAUUUUCCCGAACAAGGCAUAGAGCGCAGCAUCUACAUAUCUCAAAACGGCGCGAAUUGAACAACGCGUUUUGGGGAAAAAAAAAUGCGAUUUGUUUCCUAUCUAUAAAUAUCAGUGUCUCUCUCUUGGCCUUCCAUAACUGCAGCUUAUCUUCUACCAUUAAAAUUUUCUCAUCGAAGAAAAGAAAAGAAAAGAAAAUUCCAAGGAAAUGGCAAAAUUAGGAGGUGUUACGGAAGUGGAGGGAUCGGCCAACAGCGUUGAGAUCAAUAGCCUCGCUCGUUAUGCUGUCGAUGAUUACAACCAGAAACAGAAUGCGCUGCUGGAGUUUAAGAAAGUGGUGAAUGCAAAGCAGCAGGUGGUGGCUGGGACCAUUUACUAUAUUACUUUGGAGGUAACUGAUGGCGGUCAAAAGAAAGUUUACGAAGCCAAGGUUUGGGAAAAGCCAUGGUUGAAUUUUAAGGAGGUCCAGGAAUUCAAGCUAAUUGGGGAUGCCCCUUCAGACUCUACAGCUUAGCUGGGUAUCAACUGCAUUAUGAUGCUAACCAUUUUGUACGAGAUACCUGUCCUGGAUGUAUCAUACUCGUUUUGUCCCUUUUGCUGUUUUGCAUGCUUAGGGUAGGCAAUAAUUUGGCCUUGUGGACUCGCUUUUAUUGUUGGUGCUGAUGAUGUGUUCUCAAUUCAGGUGACCGAAGACAGUGUAUAGGUUGCUGUGCUUGGAGUUGAUGCUCAAAA